CUGUACACCGUGUACGAGACCCUCGUCUCUUCCUCCUCCUCAUUUGGUCUUUGUUCUCGGCGACGGCGAGGAGAAAAUCAGUUACAUCUACGACUUCGGUUCCGGAGGCCGGAGGUAACCCAGGCCUUCCAAGGGGGAAAAGAGCAGAGCAGCCUCUUUUUUCCAGCGCUUGCAUUACUAUUCACUACCAGUUCUCGUCUCGAUUCUUGUCUCCUCGCCAUCGAUUUUCUCCGGGAUGUCCGCAUGAACGAUUCCUCUCCGACGAUCCUGUUUCUCGAGUAGCGCUUCCCCAUCCUUGGAUAGCUUCAAACUUCCACUACGGCGUUGAGUCUGUGAUCUGACUCGGCCUCAGUGUGUGGGUUGCUGAGUUAUGAUCUCAGCAUUUAUUCGGAUUCGUUUUAGUUUUCCGCCACAACUUCUAGUUAAGUCGAUUUAUAUGUUUGCAUCCUGUGGACAGGCUGAGGCCUCAUUUUAGUACUUGUCUUGUGGUGAUUUCCCCCUUGUUCCGCUAGGGUUUUAUAUGUUGAAAUCAAAUUUUUUUUUGGCAUUAUAUUCUUUGUUGUUGAUGCCACACGUGUUGAUUGAAAAUCUUGUUAUUCACAUUAGCAUUGGAAUUCACAUUAGCAUUUCUAUUAUUCUAACAUCUUCUCCAAACUCGGCGAUUGAUUUGAAAUCGCUGUUAAUAUAUACAUCAAAAUCAGUAGAUAUUUCAUCCCAAAAUAGAUUUACAGGCAACACAAAUGAUACCUUUUCAUCACAAACACACAACUCAGAAAUUUAAACCACUUAAUACUCCUGUUUAGUAAGCAAUAAAAUUAUGAUGAGAAAGCAACCAUAGUCCACAAGGGUGAAAGUUCAGGCUUUCAGACUACUGGUGAUAAUUUAUUGUUGGUCUCUUAAGCUUCUCUAUUUUUGGGGAUUAGAUAUAUACAAUACAAAAUUUCGAUCACUAUUUCCUUUUGUUUCUAUGCUAGCUUGCAGCUUCAAGCCGUCCAGGCCAAAAUGGGUUCAGCUGAGGAUGAGUACACCCCACUGUCUCAGUUAGAAUAUGGAUUGGACAAAUGUAAAGUGCAGGUGCGCAUCUCACGGCUGUGGGAGUCCUUCAAUCCAAAAAAUAACACUUUAUUCGGCCUUGACUGCCUUCUGAUCGACGAUCAGGGUAAAACUAUGCAGGCGCGUGUAGAUCCCUACGAUAUAGAGUUGUUUGAACAUAGGCUAGUUGAAGGCAAGGUCUAUGCCUUGUCAGAUUUUCACGUUGAUGUGCAGAGGGACUACUAUAUGUCAUGUAGCAACGAGUGGACUAUGUAUUAGGAGGCAGACUGUGGUCACUGAGAUAGAAGGAGAUAUUGAUUCAAUACCCCUCCACAGCUUUGAGUUUGUUAAUUUUAAGGAUCUCCGUUCUAGGUGUGGCAACAAUAGCUUAUUGACAGAUGUUCUGGGACACGUAGUAGAUGUUCGGGAGAUAGAGGGGGUCAAAAAAAGAUCCCGCCUUUUAGAAAUCUGUAAUGCAAGCAUUCGGGAUUUGAGAGGAAAGGUAGUGGGUGUCACACUGUAUCGAGAUAUUGCUUCUGGGUUUUUUGAGGAUAUGCUUGAGAAAGGCCAAGGUGCCUCAGUUGUUGCUGUCUUUACAGGGAUGGCUGUUGAUUCUUCAUCAUCAGAGUACUACCUUGAUUUGGAAAUACCAGAGGUGCAAGAAUUCCGUGCGAAUUUGCUCAUUCAGCAUGGAAACCCUGUUCCAGAAAAAACUCCAGCUCAGAAGUUGGCCGAGAGUUGGCGAACAAUCGAACAGCUAAAAAGCCUUGAUCCAGAAGAGUACGAUGAGGAUACCAUGUUUUUGUGCAGAGUCUCCCUGAUAGACAUAGAUUGCAGCAGUGGCUGGUGCUAUCUUGGAUGCGACACCUGCCAAAAGUCGAUGUACGGGGCCCCAAGGAAAUAUAAGUGCGGUCGAUGUACGGGGCCCCAAGGAAAUAUAAGUGCGGCCGAUGUGGCCCGAUCAAGAGGCCAAUUCAAUGGUACAAGCUGAAGGCAACGGUGCAGGAUGCCACGGGCACAAUGGACCUGAUGAUCUUCUGUGAGGUGGCGGAGGAGCUGGUUGGUGUCUCCGCGGAGGAGCUCGUCGAUAAGAUCAAGGACGAUGAUGAGUGGUACACCCUGCCGGACGAAAUCGAGGAUCUUCUUGGCUCGACGCACACCUUCGAGGUUUUCGACAAGUACGUGGAUGGGAGCUUCGCGGUGAGCUCGAUCAUGGACGAUGCCAGCGUCCCGGCCCCGCUGCUACUACUAGUCAACGCAAGGAGGAGAAGGCUGGGCCUGAGGGGAGCGCUGCCAUGGCAAGGGUGAAGUCCACUCGAGUCCCGAAGCCUAACAAGCGCCUGCGAGGGGACGACUGGAUCAACUGAGGAUUCUUGGACUAGUUUUAGUGUGUCUAGGCUAAUGCAUCUGCAAGGACUAGGCAAUGGGUCUUUAUGUUCUCUUUCUUUUAACAUCGGAACAACUGAUGUGACUCGAUCUAGUGUUAGUGCUGGGUAAACAGACCAGGACCGGUUUGAACCAACCCUUUUGAAAAUUGUCUUCCUUAUUAUCAUGGUUGAUGGAAAAUGGGCUUCACCUAGUUUGGUGAGCAGACCCUAAACCUCUGCUUCGAUGCUAAAUUGAGAGAACUGUAUAACGCUUGCCAUG